AAUUAAUGUAUUUACGGUAGUAUACAAAACUUCCUUUUUAUGAUGGAUUUGAAAUGUUUCGUAGGUUAAAAAUGUUGAAUCCAAGAAAACAUAAUCCAAUAGUAUAUGCUAUAAGGCCACCUGAAACAAAUCUUGGAUAUCCAUUAAGAGAGGAAGUAAAUGAUACAGAGAAUCAAAAAGUGCUUAAUAAAUUAAUGCACAGAUAUCCUGAUCUUAAAUAUGCUCCAUUAGUGAAAGAAGGUUUAGGGGAAAGUUAAAAUGAAGGAUCAUUAUUUCGAUUUUUAAAGCUAUUUAAUUAAUUGAGAAAAAAAGGAUAUUAAUUUGAUAAAGUAUAUCAAUAAUAUGAUUUAAAUAGGCAUAUGAAAAAGCAGAAAUGGCUUUUUAAGCAAAGAUGUAAAGAAAAAUAGAUUAAACAAAAAUAGCUAAUAAUUUAGCAAUAACAAAUUAAGCAAGAUCAUUUAUGACAUUAGCUUAAUAAGAAAUAGAAUUUGAUUAGAGAUUAAAAAGAGAUAGAUUAUUAAGAGAUUUAUAAAUAUAAGAAUUUGAAAAAAAUUCACCAAUGGAUCCUGAAACUUAAGCUUUAAUGGAUAAUUACAGAAAAUCAUUAAUAAAAGUAGUUCAUCAUGAUGAUAAACCAGAAGAGACUACUCAUAAAUAAGAUGAAGAAUUAUUUAAAGAGAGAGCAACAAAUGUUUUUGAUUGUUAUUAUAGGAGAGUUUCAACAUAAGAUAAAUUGAAUGGUCUAAGUGAUAAAUAGAUUCUAUAAAAUAUUAGAUAAUCACCAUAAAAAAUAAAGAGGAGAUUGUCAAAAUAUCUUAAAAUCUUAGAUUAAUAUAAUAUAACUUUAGAUGAUGAAGGGGAUUUCUUAAUGCCUGAAGAUGUUCCUGAAAAAAUAAAGAAUUAAAUAGAGAAGGCAAUAUUUUAUCAUGCAAAAUUAUAUGAACAAAUUGAUUUUGAAUAUUCUCAUCAUGAACAUUUAGAUACUUUAUAGAAAGAACUUGAUGAAAGAUUAGAAGAAUAAAAAUUAAAAAGGAGAAAUAUAAAUGAAGAUGCAGAGUAUGCAGUUAAGAAAGUGUUACAAGAUGCUAAUAUCAAAGCUUAAAAUACUUAUGCAUUAUUUGAAACACCUAAUGAAAGAUUAGCUAGAUUAUAAAUAAAAUGGUUAUAUAGAAAAAUAGAUGAAUUUACAUUAGUUAAGCUUAAAAAUGAAGAUUAAAGUUAAGAAGCUUAAAAAUUAAUAGACGAAAAAAUAGAUAAAUUAGAUAAUCAAGCUAAAAAUAUAGUAGAUAAUCUAAGAAAAUUGAAAUUAGAAUUAGAAUAUUAAUCAUUUGCUAAAACUGGUAAAUAAUUAUUCUAAGAACAUGCUGUUUUACUUUAAGAUAAAGAAUUAUUUGUAGAUGCAAAUAAAUUAUAAAUGAAUGAAAUUGAUAUCUAUUUUAAAGUUCCUGUUGAUUAAAGAAGAUUAACUUAAGCUGGAUAAGUUAAUGAUGAUAUUAUUCAUAAUCUUAUUAAAGUGUAAAAUCUAUCAUUUAAAUUAGUUAAAACUUAAAAUCACAUAUCGCUAGAUUAAAUCAUGAUGAUUUAGAUAAUAGAGUUAGUGAUUCUUCCUUAAAAGAUGAAACUGCUGAAAUUUUAAAAUAAAAAAUAUUGGCUUAAUUUAAAUUAAUGAAUUUAGCAAAAAAAGAAAAAUUAAAAGGUUAGACCGAAGAAAGUUAAAUAUUAGAAUCAGAAAAAGAAGAUUUCUCAUUAGAUGAGGAAAAUUUUAUGGAAAAUUUUGUAUAUCUUAAAAAUUAACAUUUAGGUUGAUAAUUUAGAUGAGUUGCGAUAAAGAUAAAAAGAGGCUAGACUUGAAUUUGAGAAGUAAAAAGCUCUUGAAGCUAAAUAAAAAGAAGAUGAACUCAAAAGUUAAUAAGCAGUUAAAGGAUAAAAAGGUACAAAAAAGAAAAAGGAUAAAAAAUGAUUUAUAAGAGUGCUC